UUCGUGUUUGGUGUAUUUUGGACAAAAUUCUUCUAAAAACACCGAAACAUCUUUAAUUUUCAAGUACAAAAUCUUUGGCAAAUCCUUUAACUGCGUUAAGAAUACUAUUAAGUUUUAAGCAGGUUGUUAAAGUUUGUUUCUCUUCAAUAUGAUGGACUGUGUUGAAGACAAUAGUAAUGACCCUUUAUCCGUUCCGCCGGUGUCCUCCCCGUCGGCUGUUGAUCCAAAAACAGAGAAAAAGAAGCCCAGCGAAAAUGUGUCUUUAGCUGACAACAGUUUGCUGGUGGAUAUCUCGGAUGCUCUGAGUGAAAAGGAGAAAGUGAAAUUUACCGUCCAUACAAAAACAACCCUGCCAGAGUUCCAAAAGUCUGAAUUCCUUGUUGUACGACAGCAUGAAGAGUUUGUGUGGCUGCAUGACAGAUAUGAAGAAAAUGAAGAAUAUGCUGGCUACAUUAUACCUCCAGCUCCUCCCAGACCAGAUUUUGAUGCAUCAAGAGAAAAACUACAGAGGCUCGGUGAAGGUGAAGGAGCAUUGACACGAGAAGAAUUCUUGAAAAUGAAAGAGGAGUUAGAGGAUGAAUACUUGGCGACGUUCAAGAAGACUGUUGCCAUGCACGAGGUGUUCCUGCAGCGUCUGGCCGCCCAUCCCGUGUUCCGCAGGGACGCACACCUGAGAGUGUUCCUCGAGUACGAGCAGGACUUAUGCGCAAAGCCUCGCGGGAAGAUGGAGCUUAUAGGAGGACUGGUCCGUUCUAUGACAACAACGACGGAUGAGAUAUAUCUCGGUGCGACGGUGAGAGAUGUGAAUGACUUCUUUGAGCAGGAGACUGCUUUCCUCCAGGAGUACUACUCUCAUCUCAAGGAGGCCGUCGCUAAAGUAGACCGUAUGACGUCCAAGCACAAAGAGGUGGCGGACGCGCACAUCAAGCUGUCGUCGUGUCUGACGCAGCUGACUACUAGGGAGCAGCCGCCCAUGGAGAGGUUCCUCACCAGGGCUGCCGAGACCUUCGACAAGUGCAGGAAGAUCGAAGGUCGCAUGGCGUCGGAUCAAGACCUGAAGCUGGCCGACACGCUGCGCUACUACAUGCGCGACGCUCACGCCGCCAAGGGCGUACUCGUUCGACGGCUCAGAUGUUUAGCGGCGUAUGAAGCCGCUAACAGGAAUCUCGAGAGAGCACGUGCUAAGAACAAGGAUGUGCAUGCUCCCAUGGAGGUACAGGAGGCGGAGCAGGCGCAGGCGGACGCGUGCGCGCGGUUCGAGCAGCUGUCGGCGCGCGCGCGCGAGGAGCUGCUGGACUUCCGCGCCCGCAGGGUCGCCGCCUUCCGGAAAAGUCUAAUAGACCUGGCGGACCUGGAGAUCAAGCACGCGCGGUCGCAGCAGGACCUGUUCAAGAAGUCUCUACAGGUGCUGCGGGAGUGUCAGUAAAUAUCACAUUUGUUUAUGUACGCGCACAUUAUACUUGGUCGUAGCGGGGCGAGUCGCAUUGCCUAUUAAUUUUAUUAUGACUAAGGGGCUGUUUUACCACUUUCUGAUAAGUGCCGGAUAGGCUAUCCACAACUUAUCUGACAGAUAGAGUUUGGAGUAUCUGGCAAUGCGGCUACGAAACAGGCCUUAAGAGUAAGAGUCAUAAUAAAAAAUUAUGAAAUCUAAAAUAUAAUAUUAUGUGCGCGUAACUUUAUAGUACGUUUCUAAUCGUCAGUAAUAUUUUUUAUUCACUUUAUCUCCUUAUUUGUCAGAACUGACUUAGGUAAAAUAAAAUUUUAAAGUAUUUCAGUUUCAUAUUAUACAAAUAUUGGUAUUUAUUGACUUGCGCUUAUUGACUGUGUCUAUCCGGUGGAGGAUACCAUAAAAUAAUGUAAUUUAAUAAUAUUCUAGUCGUGGUGCAUAUUAAUAACUGCAAACAUCAAAAAAAUUACAGAUAGAUUUGCAAAUAUAGAAUACGAAAAACGUGCCCAUUCUUUUUGCCGAGAAGGUAAUGUUUUUUUUUAUUUAUAAUUUAUUUUAGCUUCCCAUUUAAGAAAAAAUAUGUGUGCAGGCACAGGCUUUAGCCGAUGUCUAUAAAUACCAUAUUUUUAUGUAUGUAAAUGUGUUCUAUAUUAGUACUUGCAAGUUGC